AUGCCUACUCGUCUAAGCAAUACCCGCAAGCACCGCGGUCAUGUCUCCGCUGGUAGGGGAAGAGUAGGCAAGCAUCGCAAGCAUCCCGGUGGAAGAGGUCUUGCUGGUGGACAACAUCAUCACCGAACGAACAUGGACAAGUACCAUCCUGGUUACUUCGGAAAGGUCGGUAUGCGGUACUUCCACAAGCAAGGCAACCACUUCUGGAGGCCCAUUAUCAACUUGGACAAGCUCUGGUCCCUCGUCCCCGCCGAGAAGCGUGACGAAUACCUCUCCGGCAGCAAGAAAGACACCCUCCCUGUCCUCGACCUCCUUCCCCUCGGAUACUCAAAAGUUCUCGGCAAAGGCAAAAUGCCAGAAGUCCCAUUAGUCGUGCGCGCGAGAUGGUUCAGCAAGGAGGCAGAGCGGAAGAUCACCGAGGCUGGUGGUGUUGUCGAAUUGGUUGCAUGA